GGUGGUGCUUUUCAUGUUAGCAUCUGUAGCGCCAAUUUUCCGUUGCUUUUACGGAUUUUGUGCCAAGAUGAGACUGUAAGGAGUAAGAAAGUCCUCGGUUGUUUUGACCUCGCGUAUUUCGCGACAUGUCUACAGCGACGUUGAGCCCGGCUCCUGGCAAGUUAAACGUAUUAGUCAACAAGCUUUACGAGUACUUGGCUCAAUCCAGUGUUGAAGACUGCAAUAGCACUGCACCCUCUGAGGAUAAUGAUGGCCUGCCAAACGCAAGCUGCUCUCCGGGUAACGCGUUGGAUCACACUGAGCCAGAGGGAGGUUUGAGCAGAAGAUAUUCAAGAAGAAAACCAUCAGUUGUCAUAAAACACUCUGGACUGGAUGAAUCUGGUGACUCAAACGCAAGUGAGGACUUGGAUUUACCAAUCAAUGCAAAUGGGAGCCUUGAUGUUUCGAGACUGCCUAAAGGUACUGUGCUGGUGAGGCCUGAACCAGUAGACAAUGGGAGAGAUGAUUUCAGGGGUCCAGAAUUUCGAAGUCGGAAAUCAGGUGUACUGCGGAGUGAGUUUUCAAGGAGACGUAGAGGAGGUGAACAUGUAGGAAUUGUGAGUUGCACUGCUUGUGGCCGACAAGUUAACCACUUCCAAAGAGAUUCAGUCCAUCGGCAUCCAGUUCUGAAAGUACUCAUUUGCAAGUCUUGUUUCAAGUAUUACCUCAGCGAUGACAUUAGUAAGGAUUGCGAUGGCAUGGAUGAACAAUGCAGGUGGUGUGCUGAAGGAGGCAACUUAAUCUGUUGCGACUACUGUAGUAAUGCUUUCUGCAAAAAGUGCAUUCUAAGAAACCUGGGAAGGAAGGAGCUGUCUGGCAUUCUGGAGAGCAAGUGGUACUGCUAUGUGUGCAGCCCAGAACCUCUUUUCGACCUGGUGGUGGCCUGCGACAAUGUCUUGGAGAACAUUGAGCAUCUGUUGCAGCAGCACCGGAAGAGGAAUCGAGUGGAUCAAGGAAAAUCUGAACUUUAUCACAUGUUGCCUCACUCACCACACAACAUAUGUUUGGACAAAUGGGAUCACACUGGCAUGGAUGGCAAUGUGGUGUUCAACUAUAAUACACUGCAGGUUUCCAAGGACAUUACCAAAAAGGCCAAACAUUUAGUGGACUCGGUGAACGCCUUAAGUCAAGAGUUUGUAAAUUUCAUUGAAACUGUGACCACAAAAAAGCAAACACCUGGUGUUCGCAAACUGCAUCUGACCUCAUUCUUGGCGGUAAUUAAAGGCGUGCGAAAGUCCACUGCAGCGCUCGAGGACAGCCUUAAAGAAGAAUUCAGUGAUUUGGAUGCUCACAGCAAUUGGGAGAAGUUUCUCAGUGACGAGCUCGAUGCACUGGGAACAGAAGCUGACCUGGAGAUGAACACGUCUGAUGAAAGAUCCCUGAGUCGCUUGCAGAAAUUGGCAGCUGAACAUUUAGAAGAUAAUGAUUCUGACUCCAAGGGCUUCAUCGAUGGAAGAAGUUCACAUAACCGCCCUGAUAAGGCCAUGGAUUCAGAUUCACAUGAAGCCAGUAAGACAGGGCGCAAGAUUAACUUGAAGCCUCCCGAAGGUGGAGUUGACUUGACAAAAACACUAAUAGUACAGCUUACGCCUGUAGCCAUGGAGCAGGGCCCAUCCUCAUUCGCCCUAAAAACUGAGAAGGAACCUCUCAAGAAAGAUCAGAAGUCAAAGGAAAAACCUGCAACACAAGACAAAGUAAAAGAGGAUUUGAGCACUUCAGUGGAGGACAAGAUAAGCAGUGACAACCCGAGUGUGUCACACUAUCCAGAGGAGGAGCAAGGCAAUCGACGAUCUCCCCGUGUGAAGACGACUCCCUUGCGUCGACCAAGUGAUGUGAAGACCAAAACAUCUCUCUCAGCAGGAGGGAGUGACAGUGACUCAGACCCCGAGGAGAACCCCAACACAGUGGCUCCCCAAACCAGUGAAGAACAAAGUCCCAGCAGGGCCAGGGAUGACUCGGACUCAGAUGAAGUGCCUGCUGCUCUGCUUGAGCGAGCAGCCAUGGCACAAAGCUCAGAUGAAGCUCAGAGUGACGACGAUGAAGACGAUGGCGGCAAAGCGUCCCCGGCUAAGGUGGCAAAGAAAUGUCUCUUUUGGCUCACUAAGAACAGCCCAAUGUCACAAGACAAGAUGCGCAGAAAGCGAAAGAUGCUGGACCAUGGGUCAGAUUCGUCAAGUGACAAUCAUCUAUCAGAACAGAAACGACAACACUUGAAUACUCUGAGAUCGAUGGGGAAGCCACACCUUGUCCAAACCACGUCGCAGGAUGGGGUGAGAGAGCAGAGUAGGAUUCAGGCUGGAAAAUCUAAAGCUAAAUCGUGUCCAGAGGUCAUGCAGCCGUCAUCUUCAUCAAGUGACGAUGAGUGUGACGAUGACGACGACGACGAUGAUUCGGGGAGCAAUGCAAGUGAUCAGAAGAUGAAACCAAUUACAGAUGAUUUGGCCUUACUCGGAGGAGCUUCAUUCCAUCAAUCGUCUGGAGAGGAAGAGGAAGAGCGGCCUGGGCCCUUCUGGGCAGCAGCAGCAGAUGAGGAUGAUCCAGAAAAUAGAAUCGCUAAGAAAAUACUGUUGGCCCAAAUUAAAGCCAACUACUCCUCGGACGGCGAGCUCUCUUCGGACGACGAAACACAAGACACUGAAUCGGAGUCGGAUGAUCCGGUGGAGGCGAAUCGAGAGGAAGAUGAUCAUGAACAAGGUGAGAAGGAGGAAGACCUUGCUGCUGGCUCGCUGGACACGGCCCCCGACGAUGCCGGCGACAGUCGUGCCAGGCAUCCUCUCCUCGGCCUUAAACUCACCUUGGAUGAAGAAGCUUCGAGUGACAAGUCCAUUCCGGAGAGUGAAGGGGGAAAGCUGAGGAGGAAGAGAAGAGCCAGCAAGGAACACCUGAGCUCCGAGAGUGAGGGUGGUGCAGAUCAUGCUGAGGAGGAGGAAGACUGGAUGAUAGAGGAACUGAGCGCCUCAGAGGAUGAGACGAGUCAGGAUGAAAGGCUCAACUUAAUCUUGAAGAAAGAUGCCCCCUCCAGUCAGGAAGUGAAGAGCCAAGCGUCCUACAUUUGGUUGUCAGACUCCAGUGAGAAGAGCGACGACGAACAUGUGAAGGAGGAUUUCAUUGACGGCAAAGGCACUCCCAAAGGGCGCAAGAAGAUCCGUAAGAUCAUCGAAGAUGUGGACCUUCGUGCGGAAACGCAGGAGGCCCUGCGAGAGGAGGAGGAGAGACGCAAACGUUUGGCAGACAGAGAACAGCAGAUGGAGGACAGGAGACAGGUCUCCAUCGAGGCCGACGAGCUGUCACAAGUGGUUCAUCCCGUCACGAUUAAGUUGGUGCUGGAUCAGGAUGAGGAGACCAGGACCCCCCUUGUUGAAGUUCACCCAAACCUGGUGAAAGUACUGAAACCACACCAGGUGGACGGAGUCCAGUUUAUCUGGGACAGCUGCUGUGAGUCUGUGAAGAAGGCCAACUCCACCCCCGGAUCCGGCUGCAUCGUAGCGCACUGCAUGGGCCUCGGAAAGACACUGCAGGUGGUGGCGUUUCUCCACACGGUGCUGCAGUCAAAAAACCUACAUUUCAGAACCGCUUUGGUUGUUUGUCCACUCAAUACCAUCCUCAACUGGAUCAGUGAGUUUGAUAAAUGGCAAGGCAACAUGGGAGAAGAAAAAGUUAAGGUUUCUGAACUGGCAACAAAGAAGACUCUAUCAGAACGCCUCAGAGCUCUGCAGAGCUGGCAAAGAGCGGGCGGAGUGGUGAUAAUGGGCUAUGACAUGUACCGCACCCUGUCACUGGCAAGCACGCCCGACAGUGAAGAGUGGAAGAAGGAAAUCAAGAGAAUCCUGGUGGACCCAGGUCCAGACUUUGUGGUUUGUGAUGAGGGACACAUCCUGCGCAACGACGCGACCAACACCUCCAAAGCCCUGAACGCCAUCAAGACUCAAAGGAGGGUGGUGCUGACGGGAACACCGCUGCAAAACAACUUGAUCGAGUACCACUGCAUGGUGAAUUUCAUCAAGAAGAAUCUUCUGGGCUCGCAGAAGGAAUUCAGGAACCGCUUCAUCAACCCCAUCCAGAACGGCCAGUGUGCCGACUCCACCCCGAAGGACGUUCGGAUCAUGAAGAAGCGCGCGCACGUCCUUCAUGCAAUGUUGGGCGGAUGUGUGCAGAGAAGAGAUUAUUCAGAGUUGGUUCAGUUUCUUCCUCCCAAAUACGAAUAUGUGCUGGCAGUGAGGGUGACUGCACUCCAGUUUAAGUUGUACCGCUACUAUUUAGACCACAUCUCUGGUUUAAACUCCUCUGCACUCCCAAAAAGAACUGGAACGAACCUGUUCAAAGACUUUCAGGCCCUCAGCCGAAUUUGGACUCAUCCGUGGUGCGUUCACAUGAGCCGCGUCGACAGAGCAAACAAGAAACCAGGUAAAUCAGGGGUUCCUUUGAGCAGCAUGAGUGCGACUUUGGCUGAAAGUUCACUGAGGCUGAAUGAAGGCCACGGAGCCAGUAACAGUGUGGUGAACACCGACGCACUCGGCGCUUCCUCGUCAGGAGGGAGAGGAGUCAGUUCGACUCCUAAUGAGGAAUGGUACAAGAGCUUCCUGUCUAAGAGCGAUGGGACGGUGCUGGAGCACUCGGGAAAGUUGGUGCUUCUGUUUGAGAUCCUCAGAAUGGCCAAAGACAUCGGGGAUAAAGUGCUCGUGUUCAGUCAGUCUUUGGUCUCACUCAACCUCAUUGAGAGCUUCCUGGGAGAUUUUAACCGAGCCAGAGACCCGUCUUUCUUCCAAGUGGGCAGCUGGGUGAAAAAUGUGGAUUACUACCGUCUGGAUGGUUCCACCUCUGCCGUGUGGAGGAAGAAGUGGGCAGACGAUUUCAACAAUACUGCCAAUACCCGCGGCCGACUGUUCCUCAUCUCGACGAAAGCGGGCUCACUGGGCAUCAACCUGGUGGCAGCCAACAGGGUCGUCAUCUUCGACGCCUCGUGGAAUCCGUCGUACGACCUCCAGAGCAUUUACCGAGUGUACCGCUUCGGCCAGCUGAAGCACGUGUACGUGUACCGCUUCCUGGCUCAGGGCACCAUGGAAGAGAAGAUUUACGAGCGCCAGGUCACCAAGCAGUCUUUGUCCUUCAGAGUGGUCGAUCAUCAACAGAUUGAGAGACACUUUACUUUCUCCGAACUGACCGAGCUGUACCGAUUCGAGCCAGACCUGCUGGACAACCCGAACGCCAACAAAAGCAGAAGACCGUCUUCGGUUUUGCCAAAGGAUUUCCUCCUGAUGGAGCUCUUGCAAACCUGUAAAGACCAGAUCGUGUCUUACCACGAGCACGAAUCUCUGCUGGACCACAAACAAGAGGAAGAACUCACCGAGGCAGAACGCAAAGCAGCGUGGGCCGAGUUUGAAGCCGAGUCACACUCGGCCAGCCUUCCAAGCAGCUCUGUCAACAACGGCCUGGAACUGUCGACCGACACAGAGCUUCUGGACAUGAUCAAGAAAAGCCAAAUGAAUGUGUCGAUGGCCUUCACCACAGUGCGGAGCAUGAAGGCCAACACGACAAGGGACUAUGUGGCGCUUACCCGGCAGCAGUAUCCCCACAUAACCAAUCAAGAGGUGAGGACCAGAGCCGUGACCUGGGAACAGUUCGACAAGAAGAGGCUGAAGCACGUUGAGGCGCUGUACCAGGACGCGGUCACACAGCAUCGAACCCUGACGUUCCACAUCCAGGCCAUAAUGUCCAGCCGGAGGCCGACGGCCACCUCCACCACCAGCGCCGUGCUCCAGCCCGGGCAGCUCUGAGCCAAGUUGUGUUCAUCAUGUUAUCGAGGCCUUAUUUCACCACUACACUGAAUGUACUGUUUUUGUACUCUUUGUGUUUUUUGCCUCCAUUUUUCUAAUGCAAAGAGUAUUUAACUUUUUUUUUUUUAAUCUUUAGUUUCCAAGAUGUUUUUUAAGGUGCACA